AUGAACUUACGCAUACCAAUCGGGUUUAUAACUCUGAUAAUCGCCGUGAUUAUGUCAGCCUUUGUAGUCUUUGACUUAACGAGGCACAUGGGAAAAACCAAUGACGGUAUAAUAGAAGCAUUGCUUGAUACAAGGGGAGAUCCAGGGCGCCAAACUCCCAUGCCAUCCGUAAACGAUGAGUCAAAUACAAAACGAAUCACAAACAUGAGGGGAGAUCCAGAGCGCCAAAACUGUAUGUUGUUCUUAAACGAAAGGCCGCAUGGAAGAUAUACCAUAAAUGAGGAUACCAAACACGGAAAUGCUUCGUGCUUUGUAAAACACAUAUUCGAUUCUCUUUCAAAAGUGGACUUAAAGAUAGACUCUGAGCAAUUCGUUGCAAACGAAACAUCCGAAAUAGAGAUCAAGUACAAACUCCUGGACGGGGCAGCCAUGCGAAACGGCAUUGCCGGAUACCAGAAAAACUGUAUUUUUGACAAUUUAGAGCCAAUUGACGAGAAUUCUGCGGAAAUGUCCAAAUUCGCGUGUUCUACCGUAGAGCCUUCUUAUACAAACAUUUACGCGAAUAUAAUUGGAGAAAGGAACUUUAUCGAGCGUAAGAGUGGGCUUUGGAAGGAUGAUGAACUGAAAAAAUUCCUCUAUUUCGGGCGGCAAUCUUGCCUUUGGUCUGCCAAUUACUACUUAACACUAAGUGAACUGGUAUACUAUGGUUUUUAUCUAAAACACGAUAACCCCGAUCUAAUUAACGCCUGGCAGGUUAAGCUUCUUGGAGGAGUUGCAUUCGUAUAUGACGCCGUGAAAUUUAAUACAUUCAACACGAUGGAGCUGAUAAUUUCAAGGUACCAGCAGACUUUGAAGGCCUUUGAGGACGAGAAAACCCCGGAUGAUGAUUUGCACAAGCUGGCAGCAGUCCAGCUUAGAACAGAUGCGUACUCUCUGAUCGACUCUUUAGCUUUUAUAGACUAUAUUGCCGAGAGAAUAAAUGGAAUGUCCAAAAAACAUGUGGAAUACGUUAAAGAAGGCAGCAUUUCGGCUGCAUCGACAGGGACCAGAGAAGUGAAUGCGCUUAACUUCUCCAUCAUGGGCAGCCUAAAUAACAGCACCUUCAGCAAUGACAAUAUAUUCACGAAGCAGAAGUUUACCUGGGAAAGUUACAAGAACAUGGAUGCGAAUAUGAUCGGAGCAUUGCAAGUUGGCAUAAAGAUGGCUUGGGAAUCUCCGAAAAAGAGCAUGAAAGAAGACUUGGAGGCGCUGAGGGAUCUUCUGAAAAUGUUAAAAACACGUUUGGGAACAGACCAGACCUCCAUAGUAGUGAAAGGCAUACCUCUGGAUAAGGUAGAUGUUUAUAGUGUGAAGAAUAGCAUGCUCAGUGUUUGUAAUGCGAUUUCAUCGCUGCAUGAUCUGUAUGCUUCCGCCUCUAAAAAAUUCGAAAAAAAGAUAAGCGAUUUCUGCAAAAACAAAACAUCUGACUGUUUACCGGAUAUGCAUGAGUACAAGUCGAUGCCAGAUGACCCAAUGAAAGGCAAGAUUACGCUAGAAAAUCACAGGAGUGCCUACGAAGAAGCCCUGGCACACAAGUAUCCUUCCCCGAUACCUGCAAGCAAUCCCAGCACAACAUAA